AUGCAGCUUUCCAUCGCUUCUUUCUUUGUCGCUCUUUUCGCCAUGAGCCAGCUUGUUGCUGCCGCUCCUCAGCAAAACAACGCCCGGCAGAAGUUCAAGAACGAGAAGUGUCAGAGCCAACCUUGCAGGGAUUCAGUCGACUCGGGAUGCCCUCUCAGCAACAUCAACUUCGUCCUCGGUGGCUGCGAUGAUCCUAGCCAGUAA